AUGAUGAGCAGCUACCCGGACGGCGAGGAGGACACGGUGGCGCUGCUGGCUCAUGACACCAGCGGCAGCAAGGAACAUGAGCGGGGCAAAGAAGAGCUGAGCGCCGAGAAGGGGCCCGAGAAGCCGGACCCCUCUCAGAAACCCCCCUACUCGUACGUGGCCCUAAUCGCCAUGGCCAUCCGGGAGAGCGCGGAGAAGAGGCUCACACUGUCCGGAAUCUACCAGUACAUCAUCAGCAAGUUCCCUUUCUACGAAAAGAAUAAGAAGGGCUGGCAGAACAGCAUCCGCCACAACCUCAGCCUCAAUGAGUGCUUCAUCAAGGUGCCCCGGGAGGGCGGAGGCGAGCGCAAGGGCAACUACUGGACUCUGGAUCCCGCCUGCGAGGAUAUGUUCGAGAAGGGCAACUACCGCAGGAGACGAAGGAUGAAACGGCCUUUCCGGCCGCCCCCAACCCACUUCCAGCCCGGCAAGACCCUCUUCAGCCCCGACAGCUACGGCUACCUCUCCACGCCCAAGUACUUGCAGUCCACCUUCAUGAACAAUUCCUGGCCGCUGGCGCAGCCCCCUGCGCCCAUGCCCUACGCCUCCUGCCAGAUGUCUGGCGGGAACGUCAGUCCCGUCAAUGUGAAAGGACUCUCGGGCCCGGCGUCCUACAGCCCUUACUCGCGGGUACAGAGCAUGGCACUGCCCAGCAUGGUGAACUCCUACAAUGGCAUGGGCCACCACCACCACCCGCACGCUCACCACCCACAGCAGCUCAGCCCGGCAAGCUCCGCGCCGCCCACAGCCCCGUCCGCGAACGGAGCCGGCCUCCAGUUCGCCUGCGCCCGCCAGCCCGCCGAGCUAUCUAUGAUGCACUGUUCCUACUGGGAGCACGACAGCAAACAUAGCGCCCUGCACUCCCGCAUAGACAUCUAG